CAACAACAAGGCCAGCCCAUUAUGACUGCGUCAGCCUCUGUUGUGGCAUGUCGAAAGAGUUUCUUUCGUCUUUUUCUUGGAGAACAACAUAAGAAUGACAUUAGACGAAUUCUUUCUCGCCAUGCCAUGCAGCGCAUUGGGCCAUAAUCUGUUCAGGAACUGUGCAGCAUAAUUUCUCGCCAGCCACUGCAUUCGAUUGUGAUCUGUUUUGGAGCACAGUGGGACGUGAGGAUAUAAUAAUAACGUUAAACUUGUUGCUCCAUAUGGGUAGGAGGGGGGAAAAAACACGCUCAGCCAAAACGGCCACCAUGGUUUAACGGACGUGAUUUAACUGAACUAGCCUGAGGACAGAAAACAAAAGGAAAGCAAAAACAAAAACAAUACAAACUCGGGUUUCUUCUGCGGAAAGAAUACUGUGGUCUUUUCUGCCAUGGCUUCACCAUCCAGCAACUCAUCUCGUCUGCUCAAGAGGAUCAGCAUCAUCUCUUCCAGACCCAGACCUUUCAGGGUAGCAGUUCUCGGGCAGAACGGAGUUGGCAAGACAGCUCUGGCUGUCCGAUUCGUUACUCGUCGCUACAUUGGUGAAUACGAUCCUUUCCUGGAGAGAGUGUACAACUGCCAGAGAUCCAUACAAGGCAACAUGGUGGACUUUGAAGUGCUGGACACAGCAGGACUUAACGAAAACAGCAAACUGAAAGAGCACAUUCGUUGGGCUGACGCCAUAGUCCUUAUGUAUGACGUCACAGAUCGAUGCAGCUUCAUCGAGUGCAGUCGCCUGAAAUUUCUCAUCAACGCCCACUCGAGGAGGAGCAGACGUAGAUCUGGCAGCGAUCCGGAUACGGAACUUUCCGGAAGUAUCCCUGUUUCUCUAGUGGCGAACAAAAAGGACAAAGAAAAAGAUCGUAUGGUGUUGGUGGAAGAAGGUGCGAAUCGCAGCCUUCAGUUAAACUGUGUCAGUUUCAAUGAAGUUUCUGUUAGAGAGGACCUGGAAGACAUAGUGGACAUUUUCGAAGAGCUUUAUUCGUUUUGCAAGAAACAACGAAAAUACAGGUUUCUCGGUUCCUCCAAACUUUCGUUAAAUGUGGAAAAAGUCGGUUCGAGCUCUGAGGAAGACGCCGAGGACAAAGAAGGGAGUGACAGUAUUAGCGUCAAAAAUGGCGGCGCUAUUAGUCCGGGCGGCAGAAGUCUGGGAAACGGAAGUAGACGAGGAACUCUUUUCGCUCCAGCACCAGAAAUCUUACCAGACUCACCCAUUCAACGUGUGAGGUCAAGGCGUAGGGAGGCCUUCUAUACAUUCAGCUGAGAGUUGCCACGGUACUUUUGUUUUAAACUGAGAUUUUGCUCUACCAUUCUUGAUGAGAAUAAUGUGUUUUACCUCCACCGGUAAAGUUCACAGUCAGAAAGGUUUUAAAAUAUUACAUUAAGAAUCACAUUUGCAGACAUUUUCUCCUUCUUUCCAUCGUCUUACCUCUUCCACUCCUCGAUUGUUGCCCAUUUUCCUGUUGUACACUGUACAGGGUAUACCUGUUUGUUUCUCUGUUUAUAUGCAACUGUCUGUUGUUUUGCAACCAAAAUAUGAUGCAAAACUGUUGACUCUAAUGAUCCAUCCAACAGUUUCUCUUUUUUCUUUUUUUUCUUCUUUUUUUUUGGGGGGGGGGGCGUUAUAUCAAGCAAAAUAUUAUUAUUAUCAUUAUUAUCAUUAUUAAGCAUUGGCUUAAAUGGACCAUCCAACAGUUCAUCAGUU